CACGCGGAGCCCGGCAGGAGACGAGAGGAGCGACUGAACUGAGAAAUAUUACCUGGAAGCAAGAGAGACGCUGCUGCUUCACCAUGACUUAACUGUGGAGUCCCCGGGAGAAGAAGAUUAGAUGAUUGUCCAGAACAAACCCAGACAUGAGCCUGGUUUUGUCCUGAAGCCGCGCAUGAACACCAGGACCUUUCACUGGACGCCCAGAUGCCAGCUGACCUUUGACUCCUGCUCACCAUGGAUGUCCGUCUCCAGGGCAACUCUCAUCUCCAUUACGGUGUCAACGGAGGAGCCCAUCGAAACUCCAGACAUGUAGAAGAUGAUGCACUGAGAUUUCUGAGCCAGGAGGAGCAGGAGUGCCUCCAGUUCUUUGAGGAGACCAUCGACUCGCUGGAGGAAAGUCUGGAGGAGGAUAACAGGAGGACUUUACAUGUGAAGCCCCCUGAGAGCAGCUGCUAUCCUGCCUCAGGGGUCCAUGGUCUCCAUACCUCAAGUCUGAACCCUGGGGUAACUCUGUCCUCUCACCAGGACAUUAUAGACCUGGUCCACCCAGAACCAGACUUGGUGCAGACCAAAGAACGGAUGUUCAACCCCAACAACCCAGAUUUUCAACUUUUGUUGCCAAAUCCCGAAAGCCACUUAGAGGUAAAGCCCAAGCAUGACUCUUCAGAGUACAACCCUCCGCUACCAAGUGGAAGCUAUGGAUCGACAGACAGCCAUUCUUCCUACCAUCCCCCCGGCAGCAUCCCCACGCCUGUCUUGAUCGCCCAGAAGAUAGCUGAGAACCAGGCAGGCGGAACCUCAAACUUCCAUCCAUCGUCUAUGCUUCAUCGUCUCAGUCUGGACUCAGAAAAACUACCGGGCGACACUACAGAUGAUCCAGUGAAAAAGGGUCCUCCUACCGCUGCUAAACCCCCCCGCUUCCCUGCAAACAUUAAUGUGAUCCACAGCGGCAGGGACAACCAGAGACAGAAUGCUGCUAAUGUGAACAUCCUUGAGAGACGGGAGCAGAUGCUGUCAAACCUGUCUGGUUCAAAUCACCCUCUGCUGCAGGAAAACCCUCAGCAAGCUGUGAAACAGAACACUCGAAACACUCCUACUCGUAGUAUUUCUUUUAAGGAUCCUACACCGGACAAAUCCAGGAUGGAGGCCCUCUCUAAGCUGGGACUAAAUAGAAGUAGAGCCAUGUCUGGAGGUAUUUCCCUCCAAAUCACACCCAACAGCACCUCACUGGAUACCCCCAAAGCUCUAGACACCAGUCCCAAUUCUCUGGGUGCCAAUUUCUCACAGACAACACAAAUCAAUUUACCAAAACCCAAUGUUACAGUAACACCUCCGACCCACAUUCAUGUUGACAGAAAACCAGAGAUUCUGCAGACGCACUCCCUCAGGAGUUAUGAGGAUAGAAGCUCACAGCUGAGUCCAUCAUCUCCAGCAUUUAACCAAAAAAGACCCUCCGCACCUCCGGUGGAAACCAGGGCCCCCACCCCCCCUCAGGCUGAGGUGUCAUCAUUGGAGUUUAACAACUACGGAGGGAAAUCCAUUGUGGUUAACCCCUCGGUUUCCUCGAAGAGUGAACCUGUAUCCACUCCAAGUAGCCAUGAACCCAAAAUCCUCCCACCUUCACUCUCUAACCCCACAGAGCAUAACGUGUACGGGGGGAAAUCAAAGGUCCUGAGCGUUGCACCCGUAGUCACGCACAGGUCCAACCUUCCUGACAUCCUCAGCUCUCAUAUCGACAAGACUCAAGUCAUGGUGGCCAAACCGGAGCUGCUACCUCCAGAGCUCAACAGCUACGGAGGAAAGAGUCUCAGCUUUAGCUCCGCCACCGCAGUCAGCCACGCUUCAGGCAACACGGCCACAAGUUUCAGGAGUCCAGCCCCCGCUCCAGCUCCUAGACCUCCUCGGCACUCCUACCACGGCCAACUGGCUCCCCCGAGAACAGCAGCACGGGCCCCGUCUCCGGAGCACAAACGCAGGUCCAACUCCAUGUUCCGCCCCCAAGGUAUCACUGUGCAGUUUUCCGGACGGGGGGGCAUGAACGAAUCCCGCAGGGAGGCACUACGAAAAUUGGGACUGCUUAAAGACUGAUGAGCUUUUUUUUCCAGAUUUGAGCUUCGUUCACACACCAGCCACAUUGUGCACUUGUGAUUUGAGGAAGAGUUUGUUUUUCUCAGCAAGAACAGAAAACACACACACACACAGAUCUGACUGAGGCAGAAUGAGGACAGCUCAGGAUGGAAGCCAUCUCUCCACUGAUCAGUGACACUUAACACUGAUACUUCAGUGUUACCAGUUGAUUUUUUUUCUCUGGAUAAAAAUCAGAUAUAGGUCACUCCAUCCAGGGAGCGUGAACGCAGUCUUUCGCUCCCGACUCUACUUGCUGAACCAGAAUGUCCUACGUCUCUCUGCUGGUGACUGUGGUAUGUGAGAAGAGGCAUGGCUAGAGACAGACCAGCUUUCACAGAGGACGAAUGGCGCUGGGUACUCGACAGACCGGCGGAGCCACUUCUCCUCUUCUACCAUAAAAAAGGGGGAAACUACCAAGCUUUUUCACACUAACCUUUGUUUUUUUCUUCACAAAAGCGUUAAGAUGUGAAAACUGCUCUGUGUUAAGCGCCAUGCAAGACACUGCAUACCUCAGCAAUAGAUCAUGUAGAUUGAAAUGUUACUAAAAAAGAGCAACUUCUUUUAGGGUUCAAGUGUUGUUUUCUGUUGUGUCUCAUGUUUAUUUGCUACAAGAAAAAGUUGAUUGUGAAUAGUUUAACAUGGGAAAAGGGAAAUGACCCUGUCUGUCCACACCAGGAGGCUGUACGUGGGAUUGAGUCAGAGCUUCAAAGAUUCAGCGAUUCUCUUUGUAAAUGUCCAGAUUACAGGUUACAUUCUGUUUUACAUUCUGGUGAGACUGGAUUAUCCACCUACCUCCAUCCCUACCCCGCAGAUACCCCAGGAGCUUGGGAUGUUACGUAAAACACAAGACUUACAAGGUAGCGCCUUACAUUUUUGGAUUUGAAUUUUACUUUUGGCCAGGCCCUUAGUUAUGAUGCCAUUUUAGCUUUUAAAUGAGUUUGUGCUUAAACAGUGGAGAAACAUGUUGGAUUAUUGGUCGCAGGAAUGUUUCCUUUGUAGUCAGUAGAUUAAAGGAAGAAGGACUGCAAUAAAUUAAUAUUCCCUGGUUUAAAUGCAUCUAUUUAGCUAUGAAAUAAGGUCACCAGAAACUAUUGCACUUAUAAAGAUUAAGGUAGAAGGUAGUUUACUUACUUAAAUUGGGAUUUGCACAAAAAUGUGCGUUUAAAAGGUUAGGAACCAAAAAGAAAAAUCUGAAUUUAUCAUCUAAUCAUUUAAAAAGUAAUAUUGAGUUUACUAAGACUAAAUAUGGAUAUGAGGGAAAACAGAACAAAUUGUCACUGAGAUCUUUGUUGCAGCAGCUGUCAGGAAGCUGAGAUGAGUAUCCACAUGUACGCUGUGAACCUUCAGUCCCUCUGUUACAUGGGAACGGGUUCUGUUUUUGUUUAAAGGCUUUUACAAGACUUAUUACUUAUUAUUACUGUGUUUAAAAGUUUAGAAAGGUUUAAAGCACUUUUCUGUAGAGCGGUUUUUAUUAUCUUUAAAGUUGAAUAACAGAAGAGCCAACAAACAAAACACAGAGUUUGAUAAGUAUCUCCGUUGGUACCUUGAAAUCCAACGUCCUGGAGUAACAGCGCUGCAGACGUGCGUUCAGUGUUUUUUUUUUUAGUGGGAUGUGGAUCUUAGAUGAGCUGGAGGAUAUUUUUACUCCACGGACAAACCUCCCACACCAAACCACAGACUUGUGGAGUGGGCUUGUGGGUUUGUGAGAACUUUAAAACUGCUUUUUAAGGGAUGGGCAUUAUACAAAACACCAGCGGUAAAACCACACGGUCUGGAAAUAUACCCCGGGUUUCUUAUACGUUUCUAUCAAGCUGUUGUCAAUAGAUUUGCUGUUUCUGACUUUUGCAAGUGUGUUAUUUAACACGUGUGUGUGUGUGUGUGUGUGUGUGUGUGUGUGUGUGUGUGUGUGUGUGUGUGUGUGUGUGUGUGUGUGUGUGUGUGUGUGUGUGUGUGUGUGUGUGUGUGUGUGUGUGUGUGUGUGUGUGUGUGUGUGUGUGUGUGUGUGUGUGGACUCCGGCCUUUGUAGUUCAUCUACAGUAACUUUUGAAGUAUAUUUAGUAAACUUUGUUUACAGACUCCGGUUCUCUGUAGUUAACCUACAGUUAUUUUGAAGUAUCUAAUGGUGCAUACAUACAGUAUACUGUAUAACCUUGUUUUAUUUUGUAUCAUACGCCUUAUGUUAUGAGGAAAUACUCCUGUAAAAAUGGUCUAAAAACAAGAUUUAAAAAAAAAAGUGCCUUAAUAUGUGGUAAAAGGGUUAACCAUGUGAAAAUAGCUCUGACAGCACGACAGCCUGGUCGACUUUCUGACUACUGAAAUGUCAACAUCAUAUACUUUAUAUAUCCUUUAACCUUGUCUGAAUGUGUAACUUCUGUCACUCAUUAAACACAAAACUACAA